CAUACGGCGCAGAGGGGCGUGAAGAUGCCCGUCCCGAUGAGAUAGCUGACAGAGAACUGGCAGAGGCACUUCAGAGGUCCAUACAGGAAAGCGGACAGCACUGAUGCAUUUGGAGACAGCUGGAGAGGGCCCUACCAACCAGACACUGCAGAUGGACAAACUACCUCACGGCAGCCCCCACCAUUUACAUUACCCAGAACCUUAGACCAAAUGUCCUCAUCCACCUCCCCUUCCCAAAGCCCUUCCUCUGGCCAGCCCCAGACUCUGGAUCGCUCUCAAUCUGCCCCGGUCGCCAUGGAGCAGGCCUCAACAGCACCAGGGCUAUGCCAGGACCCACAUGGCCUCCAGGAGCUUCCUCUGCCUUCAUCUCCAGCAGAGGAUGCAGGUUCAACACCUCAUCAGGUCCACCCUUGCCCUCUGCCUGUCCAUAGCAACUCCAAAGUGCCCCCAGUACCCAGUCCCGCAACAGACGUCCUCAGUACAUGUACCCCUUCUGCAGACAUGACUACAGUAUCCCAGCCUGGAGCCGCAGAGGGGGAUGCUGAAUCAGAUGAGGUGGUGAGCAGCUCCGUGCUCCCCCAUCCAGAGGAACUUUCCCCCAUUCAACCGAUGGAGCAGGAGGCGGCUGAAUCUGACACAGCUGACGCCACUGAAGCCCGUCCGAGUGCUUCUAGUCAAUCCGACUUGGUUGAAAUGGAGUCCCCCACUGCCUCCCAGGGUGAGGUGUCCUCUGAGAGGGACCAGCCUGAAGGAGAGCACGGCUCCAGCUCCGACAGCAUCCCCUCGCUGGCGGCUGCUCUGAUGGAGCUUCACGAGCUGCUGGUGUCCAACAACCGCGCUCAGAACCAAAACUGCAGCACCUCCUGCUCCCCGUCACAUCUGUUCAAACAGGAAACCGACGACGUGGUCCCCGAGCCACGCACCCCGACACCCGAAAACACCCAGCCCAUCCCCUCUACUGCCAACACAGCCGGUGCAGAACCAAGCGAUGCCAAAGCCAACCAUGCUGCUGCUGUUGUGUCUGAUGAGGGACCAUCUAAGUGUCUCACGCCUGACCUCCCUGGCCAGGAUGAGCAUCUGGCCGGAGGUUCAGCAGAGACCGUGGAGGGACAAGGACCACCGCAGCGUCCAGACAGCACCGGGGAGAGGAGGGCAGAUAGAUGCGGGCAAGAUGAAACCAAUAACAUCAGCAUUUGUCAGCCUGAGCCGGAGGUUCCUCCUGAUACUGUAGGGGACCUGGAGUUCAGGGAACCUCCCGAGGGGCAGCAUGGGAGAGGGGUUGCAGAUGGACGAGCCUCUGGCACCAACACCCCAGACACUCUUGGCCUCCAGACUGAGCACACUUUUCUCAGCCCUCUGUCUAUGGCAGUGGGCUCCCCUGAGGAAGUCUCUAGCACCUCCUGCACCUCUUCCCCUCCUCUUGCUCAGGCUCCCCAGCUUACAUCUCCAUCUCCUCAUCUCCCUCCUCCGCAUCCCUUUAUAGAACAAUUUCCAGCUGAGCACAUCCAGAGAAUCCAGGCAGCAGGGUUUUCUGCCAUGGAGGCUGCAGAGGCACUGGAAAGAGCCCACGGGGUUGUAGAGCUAGCUCUGCUGGCACUACUAGCCCGCAGUAUCACUGUGCCCACCUAGACUCAUAACUAGUCCUACGAGUCCCCCACCUCCCAACUCAUCUGUCUUAUUUAUACCUUGUUACUGAUCCAGAUGUCUCGGUCCCUCCUUAACAAGGGAGCACGUAUAAACACAGGGAAACUCUUGGUUUGUCGUCCAGAAUAUCCAAGAACAAACAGGACAACUGGUAAUACUUUUCUGGAUAUUGCAGAUAUGUGAGGUGUGUUUGCAUGCAGAUGUUUGGGUGCCGGCCCAUUUCAUUGGUUUUUAGAGAUUUGGUAUGGUAGAUUGAUUUUUCUUCUUGUUUUGUCGUCCAACAUUGACGCAUUAUGGAUUGCUCAAUGUAUGAUCGAAACCAUUAACCAUUAUUACCCUUUGAUAUGUCAUAAAAGUACUGUUGUUUAAGUUGUGGAGCAUCAAUAAAAAAAGUCUCAAAAUGGAUUGAGCGAUACUCCUGCUCCCCAUGCCAGAAUAACUCAACGUGGUGAGUUUCAUAUCAUUCAGCAUCCAUACGGAUAUUGGAAGCAAUCUGCUGAUAAUUAAAGCAACAUGUUGAUUUUACUAGCCCCUUCAAUUUACAAGUCAGAAACCAACGAUGGCAAAGCUACAUCGUGGGAACUGCUGCAGUUAAGAAGGGUUGAUCAUUUUUGACAAAGUUUACUAAUAAUUUCUGCAGAUAAGUUGAAACCCCCAAAUACAUGCCAGUUACCACAGUGAAAUAUCAAGUGAGUCACAUACGACAUAUGAUCCAUAGAUGGCAUUUUUUGGUUCAGUGUGUGAAUUACGGAAGGUAUCUUGUACUGUAUGUAUCAUUCUCCACCGUGAGAGCUUUGCCAUGUGUAAAUUACAAAACAGUUUGUAGAUCCUGAUCAGUAAGUCCUGUCACCUUGUGUCAAAUCAUCAUAGUGCGUUUGUGUCUUUAAAAAGCACCCAUUUUAAUUUUUUUAAAUCUGUUAGAAUAUGGCCAUUCAAGUUUUGUCAGUUAUCAUAUACAUCAUAUAUCAAGUAUUUUAAUGGCUUUGUUUGAGUCACAUACCAACAAUGUUCAGGCAGAUUGAAUUAUCUACUUUUAUCUUGUAUGGAAUUUUAAAUUGCAAAUAAAAUGGAACUAGUGUUUGUA